AUGAGCUGCUUAACCUCUGUUAUCCGUAAAACUGGAUUCCAAAUCACAAAUAUGUCAUUUACUGUGCUGUACUUUAGUUACAGAUGGCACCAUAAAGAUGUGAAGCUCUGCUCUGGGUCUGUGAUCUGCUGUGAGGAGUCCUGCAGUGACUUUAAGGCUCAUGGAGGAUCUUCUGUUCCUAGGACAGCAGGUCAGUCAGCAAUGGCUGCAGCAGAAAUUCCCAGUUACAUUGUCUCCUCUCAGACUGAGAAACACAGGAGGGCCAGGAACUGGACUGAUGCAGAAAUGAGAGGUUUAAUGCUGGUUUGGGAAGAAUUUUUUGAUGAGCUGAAACAAACUAAAAGGAAUGCCAAAGUUUAUGAGAAAAUGGCUAACAAACUCUUUGAAAUGACUGGAGAAAUUCGCCACGGAGAGGAAAUAAAGAUAAAAAUUACAAAUAUGACAUUCCAGUACAGGAAAUUAAAAUGCAUGACUGACAGUGAAACUGUGGCACCUGACUGGCCUUACUACAAAACCAUUGAUAGGAUCUUAUCCAAAGUGACAGACCACAGCGAUGUGAAAAUGCAUGAAAAUCAGCAGCCAGGUCCUUCUACAUCGCAGACAGAGGCCUCGCAGUCUCCAUCAGCCAAGUCUACACCCCUGUACUUGCCAUAUAACCAGUUUACAUAUGAAGGAAGGGAAGAAUGCUUUGAAGAUGAACAUUCAGAGAGCUCAUCAAGCUUGCUUUCUUACAAGCUGAGAGCUGAAGAAAGACCAGUUAAGAAAAGAAAAAUGCAAAACUGCAGUUUCCAAAAGAAGAAGCUAAAAUUAAUGGAAGCCAUGUUGGAAGAACAAAAGAAGUUGAGUAGAGCUAUGGAAGAAACCUGUAGAGAAGUGCGCAGGAUCCUGGAUCAGCAGAACAUCAUUCAAGUUCAAAGCUUACAGUUACAGGAGAGAAUGAUGAAUCUACUGGAGAAAAUGAUCUCCAAGUCUAAUGUGUAGUUUCCUUUGUGAAUGCCUCUGAGAUUACUAUUGCUAUGAUAGAUAACCAUUUAUUGCACACCAUACGUGUGUCUGUUGCCCUAUUCCCAGGUUUUCCAUGGAAAUUAAAACCCUAGUGUAAUCCUAGUUCAGCAAAGAAAACAUAAUGCAGGGUGAGAGCUAUCCAGUAUGAUAAAAUUAGUGCAAUAUAUGCCUAAGUUGAAUUAUUUUUAUACAGAAAGGUUAAGGGAUAAAUAGCUUGGGGAACUGAAGUACUAUUUAUGCCUAAGUCAGGUAUUGUUUUGCAAACAGUGGUGCUGUAUAUUGCUUCACAUCAAGGACUGCAGCUUAAUCUGUUUUAGGAGAAUGAAAUAGUGCAUUUCUAAACAUGAUUAUUGCACCUUGACUUUGCUAAUGAUUAAACCCUGUUUUGAAACAUAUGCCUGAUUGUAUAAGUGACCUAUCGUUCUUGUGAAGAGCUAGUUGGGAUCAUGAGAUACAUAAUUUUAAACUCCAUGCCUGAUAUGAACAGUAUUCUAAAGUAUGAGGGUAAAAAUAGUCUAUUCAAAUACAAUUUUUGAUAUAAAAACAAGCACCCCAAACCACCUUCCUAUAUACUGAAAACUAAAAUGUAGAGAAGAUACUUGAAGUUGCUUUUGAUAUUAAACAUUUAAAUUUUUUUCAUUAUUAACUGGAAUCUGUUGACUUAACAAACAACCAGCAAUGAAAACUUUCAUUUAUUCUCUAUCACAAAAGUAUUGUACUGUGUGUAUAUACAUAUAUAUAAUAUCUAUCAAAUGAAAUAAAGAAAAAGAAGAAAC